ACAGACAAUUUUGGAUUUGAUAUUCUCGCUAUCACCGAGACCCAUUUAAAUUCGUCUGACAGAGAUCAAGAUCUACACAUUGACGGGCUAGAAUUCAUUCGCCGAGAUAGACCUAAAUGCAAAGGAGGAGGUUGUAUUUUAUACUACUCUGAACACCUUAAGGCGACACACUGCAAGGAUUUAAUUAACGACAACCUUGAAGCUGCAUGGAUCCAGGUAAAGUUCCCUUCGUAUAACACAUUAUUUGGUGUGGUUUACAGAUCGGAAAUACUAUCGAUUAAUUUCUUCGAUAAUUUACAUUUCACACUUGAGAAGGCUUGGAUGAAAUCAAACAAUAUCUUUCUGCUAGGCGAUUUUAAUUGUGACCUGCUGGGCGCCAGAGAACGUAUCGAUCUUAUAGACAACAACCACAAAACGAGGAAGCUACUGGAUCUGUUCGACCUUUUUAAUAUGCAGAAUGUUGUAAACGAACCUACUCGGGUCACACUAACUACACAGUCUUUGAUUGACUUGAUUGUGACGACCAAGGUGAGCUUAGUCGGAAAAUCUGGAGCACUAUCGCUUGGGUUAUCAGAUCACUGUCUUACCUACGCAACUCUCAAGCUAAACAGAAAAAGACCCCCGCCCAAAAUCAUCCGGAUCAGAAAUUUUAAACAUUUUAACGACAAAGAUUUUAAGACAGAUAUUGAGCGAAUACCAUUUCAUAUGACAACAGUUUUUGAAGACAAAGACGAUUCCCUGUGGGCCUGGGAGCAGUUGCUCAAUAGCGUCUGCGGCCAACACGCACCACACAGAGUUGUGAAAGCACGAAGCGUGUCCUCUCCAUGGAUUAACAAACAAAUUAAGCUUAAAAUGAAUCGAAGAUUCAAAUUGUUUAAGAAAGCGAUCGAAACCAAAGAGGCCGACAAGUGGGCAGACUACAAAAAACUAAGAAACGAAAUAACAUCUGAUAUUAGGAAGGCCAAAUGA